AUCCUGUGGAGGCUGGUGGGAGGGGCUAUAGGAGGACGGGCUCAUUGUAAUGGCUGGAAUGGAUCAAUGGAACAGAGUCAAACACAUCAAACUUAUAGAAACCACAUGCUUCUAUACCUGCAUUGCUUGGGGUUUGGGGUUUUUGGCUGUGUUUCUGUAUAGCACUUUGUGACAUCUGCUGAUGUAAAUACAUUUGAUUUGAAAUUUGAUUGAUGUUUGACUCCGUUCCAUUAAUUCCAUUCUAGCGAUUACAAUGAGCCUGUCCUCCUAUAGCUCCUCCCACCAGCCUCCACUGAUAUGAUUCUACAUGCCUUCCUGCGUCCGCUCAGACAGUCAGCAGUGUUUUCUCUGAGUAUGACUCUGUCUGUGGAUACUGAUGUUAUAAAGACUACCGGUAACUCAAAGUACAUUUCCAACUUCCGACUCCCAGCUUCAUGGUAAAGCCAUAUGAAUGGUUUGUUUACUUGUUCUGCUCUUGUUCAGGAAGUAUCUAGUUGAUGCUCAUCAUUUUGUGUGUGUCUAUAUGCAUUUGUGUGGGUGUGUGUGCAUGCAUGUAUUGGUGUAGUCAGUGUAUGUGUAUGUAUGUUGAAGCGAUCAGUGUGUGAUGUUGGUAAGGAGCCUAUUGGCUGUGUGUUGACCUCUGGCCAGUUACAGGAUGGAAGGAGAGAGUCACUGUGCUCCUGUUGUUGCGGAUACAGGAAGUGUGGGUGUGGGUGUGUGCGUGCCAUUGGAUAACGCUUCCAUGUACAUACACUGUCACUCACACAGUGAUCACUUGUGUUUCAUAAAAAAACACAGACAGAUUUACAGUAGACGAUUUACUAGUGAGAUUUUGUUUCACUUUGCACAUUCGGAUCCAGAAAUGACUCACUGUUUCUCUCUCCUCCCUCCUCCUCUUAGAGAUGGCACUCUUCCCUGUCCUCCUCCUCCUCCUCUCCGUGCUCCAUCGUGGUUCCUCCCAGGACCCUGAUGAGGACUCGUUGGCAGUGCCCCGGGGGUGUGGCUGGGGCCUGGUGCGUCCCUACACCCUCCUCUGCGACCUGGACUCUGUUUGGGGCGUGGCGGUCGAAUCUGCAGCGGCCAGCGGCGCCCUGGCUGCCAUUUUACUGGGCCUGAUCAUCCUCUGCCGACUACACCAUGUGAGCGAGGCGGAGAAGCGCAGCGGCGUGGGACCCAUUCUCCUCCUGCUUCUGGGCAUCCUGGGCCUGUUCGGCCUCAGUUUCGCCUACCUCAUCGAGCGUGACGAACAGCUGUGUCUUCUGCGCCGUGCCCUCUGGGGCCUGCUCUUCGCCCUGUGCUUCUCCUGCCUGCUGGUGCAGGGUGUGCGGCUCCGGAGGUUGGGCCGCGAGCGCCGGAGCCCGGGGGGCUGUGCUCUGACCGGCCUGGCCCUGGGGCUGAGCGCCGUCCAGGGGAUCAUCGCCGCCGAGUGGCUCCUGCUCACGGUGCUCAGGGAGGGCAGAGCGGCCUGCCAGUACCUGCCUCUGGACUUCUCCUUAGCCUGUAGCUAUGUGCUUGCGCUACUGCUAGCCGCGCUGGGAGCGGCCUCCUUCGCUCUCUGUGGGAAGACCCGGCAGUGGCGCUGUAACGCGAUCUGGCUCCUCUCCGCCUGUCUGUUGUCUCUCCUCCUCUGGGUUGCCUGGGUGGGCUUCUAUCUCUACGGUAACGCCUGGCUGGGGCGGUCCCCGGACUGGGACGAUCCAGCAUUGGCGAUAGCACUGGUGGCACAGGGUUGGCUCCUCCUCCUGUUCCACGCCGUGCCCGAGGCACACUCCUGUCUCUGCUCCCCGCCACAACCCUCCGCCCCUGACUAUUUUGACACGUCCCAGGCCCCGUCCCGCAUGAGGGAGACCAGCUUCGACGAGGACAUCCCCCUCUCACACAGGCAGUUUCCGGAGAACCAGAGCUAUGGCUUUGACGAAAACACUGCAGGUCUGAGGAGUGCAGGUAAUCAUAAUGGUAACACAGCGCCCAGACCCAGUGCCCCCUUCCGCAGCAACGUGUACCAGCCCACUGAGAUGACCAUGAUCCUGAAUGGGGGAGCGGUGAGUUCUCAUAUUGUCCCCUCCGCACCCCCGACCUAUACGGGGCGGCAGCUGUGGUGAAGGACAGAAAUGAAGAAGAAGAGGAAGGAAGAAUGGGGUGAUGAAGAAGGGAGGAUGGGUCCUUGGACAGAGGAAUAACCCAGUGAGGAUAACUAUAACAUGGACACCAUCAGGAACCUCCCCCCCCAACCCCCCCGAUCUCUAUGUGUGUAUGGGGACAGACAGUUGAACAGAUAACUUACUGAGGGCUUACACCCACCACCCACCCUGUGUUAAUCAAAUACACCAACCAACCACUGAAUGAGUGUGACUGAGGGGGAGAGCAGGUAUGGAGGACAGAUCAACACAUUACGGGUAGUUUUGAAGUUAAAUCACUGUAGGAGAUAUUCAACUUAAAAAUAACGCUAUUUUGGUUGCAAAUGCUGUGGAGACCAUUUUCAAGUUUACUCCCAUGAGACUACUAAGCCACUGUAUAACUUCUGAAAAACUGUGAAACCUCUCUCCCUUUUGAGAUAUUUGCUCUGUUUUUGUUGUUUAUUUUGGGAGAAACUCUUCUAAAUCAGAUUGUUUUGCUCUGUCCUCCAUCCUCCUGUAGGUAUGGUACAGACACCUUACAGCCCUGUACCUCACCACAGCCCAUCACACAGCACACAAUAGAAUAACACACGGACAAGUAUGGCUUAAACUCCAACCUCUCUAGCCAGUGUGUACCUACAGGUAACUGCCAGAAUAAAGGAAACACCAACAUAAAGUGUCUUAAUAGGGCGUUGGGCCACCAUGAGAACAGCUUCAAUGCACCUUGACAUAGAUUCUACAAGUGUCUGGAACUCUGUUGGAGGGAUGCGACACCUUUCUUCCAUGAGAAAUUCCAACAUUUGUUGUUUUGUUGAUGGUGGUGGAAAACACUGUCUCAGGCACCGCUCCAGAAUCUCCCAUAAGGGUUCAAUUGGUUUGAGAUCUGGUGACUGAGACAGACAUGACAUAUGGUUUACAUCGUUUUCAUCCUCAUCAAACCAUUCAGUGACCACUCGUCACUUUCAAUAUCUAAUUUUAGGGAUGGGCAUUUGAAAUAAAUUCACUAUUCGAAUAAUAUCAUGAUUUUUGUGGGGUAUAUCUGGAUAGUCGAGUUGUUUAAACUUGGGAAUUAGAUUGCUGUGCAGCCUGUGCUACUUGCAUCCCGGUUGCUUGCAGCAGUGUGAUUGGCAGGUGCCAGUGAGUUUUAUGAGAGAGAGAGAGUGGCCAUACAGACUAGUUCAACAAAUUUGUAGAUUCCAUAGGUCAUCCAUCAUCCCAUCUGGUAGUGCCUGUCUUGUAUGCAUCAAAUCAAUCUAAAGAAGCUAGCUAUGUUAGCCAGCUAGGCUAAAAGUACUUAAGGUUAUUUUGCUGUGCUUCCCGUCCUUGUCUACAACUCCAUUCAGAUUAAACAACAGCUUACCUGA